ACGACCCCCCCCCCCCACUCUCUGUGAGAAUAUUUUCAGUAUAAAUUGGGCAUCGUGAAAAUCAGCGACAACACUACACUCAGAGGAGUUCUUCCUGCAAGCACGACUAUAGCUGCGUUGCGUAAUUCGUACAAGCAAUACAUCCAUCGAUGCAUCCAAACAUGACCGGUGCGACAGUAGUUACGGCGAUGUUGGCCGCCAUCAUCGUCGUAGCCGAAAUCGCGGGAGCGGAAGCUGAAGCGGCCGCGGCGCCACAACUGUUGCAGUCGCUACAUGUGCAGGCGGCUCAGUUCGGGCCGGAAGCCCGGGCCGGAUACGCGGCCAGUUACGGUUACGGUGGCGUCCAGGUGCCGGUGGCCGUCCAAGCAGCGGCCGCGGUCGGCAAGUCAGUGCACCUCCACCAGCAGUACCAGCAACAGCACCACCAACAACAACAGUACUACGCAGACGCACCACCGGCGGUUGUUGGUUACGCGCCGUCGGCCGUCUACAAGCCGGACCUGUCGGCGUACGCUUACGGAGCGUCGCCGCACGUGGAACAGCUGCGUCGGUUCGACCCGGUCGUCCGGCCGGUGCACACAGUAGUGCCGAAGGUGACGGCCGUCGAGCCGUCGGUGUCCGUGCAGAAGACGUACGUGGAUGUGCCCAUCCUGCACCACCAUGCAGACCAACGCUUGACGUACGCCGCCGCAGGGCCGGCCGUGGUGGUGCAGGCCGACUACGCGUCGCCGUACUACAACUAUCAGGUGGUCGACCGAUGAGCGGCCCGAAAACAAAAAAAAAACGACAUUUUUUAUAAUAUUUUCUCGUGAACGUUUAUUAUUGUAACGGUAUACUGUACAUUUUAUUUUAAUAAUAAUAUAUUACAUUUUGUGGUAUCAAAACGCUUUACGCUACAAGUGUGGCGUGAGUAUAAUAUUAUAAUAUAAAUUAUAAUGAUUAUUACAUUUUA